AUUUUGAGCCGGGGAUGCGUCCAUCCUGGGGCGUUGAACGGACGCCGAAGACCCAACUACAAAAGGAGGUGUUUUAACAUCGAGGAAGCUGUCUAUGCAUUUGUUCUUCCUUACUCUCAAACAAUUACCACUUGCUUCUGGGGUCAUGGAUGUCCUGUUGCCGUUUGAUAAGCUGGCUCUAAAACUAGCUGAUGAAAAGCCUCCGCAUGGAGCCAUGAGCACUGGCAAGACAUAUGUUGUUCUGGUAGCAGCUGGAAGUUUCAAUCCUCCCACUUUCAUGCAUUUACGCAUGUUUGAGCUUGCAAGGGAUGCAUUGAAUUCAGAAGGCUACUGUGUUAUUGGCGGUUAUAUGUCACCUGUUAAUGAUGCAUACAAAAAAAGGGGGCUUGUUUCUGCUGAACAUCGCGUACGCUUAUGUCAGCUAGCCUGCAAAAGUUCAGAAUUUAUAAUGGUUGAUCCAUGGGAAGCAACUCAAAGUUCAUAUCAGCGUACUUUAACUGUUUUAUCUAGAGUCCGGAAUUGUAUUUCUGAGGCAGGGCUGGUACCCAGAGAAUCCCUCAAGGUCAUGCUCAUCUGUGGUUCUGAUCUCCUUCACUCCUUUGGCAUUCCUGGAGUAUGGAUUCCUGAGCAGGUUAAGGACAUAUGCAAAGAUUAUGGAGUAGUUUGCAUCCUUAGAGAAGGACAGGAUGUUGAGAGGACUAUCUCUGAUAAUGACAUUUUGAAUGAAAAUCGGCAGGCUAAUGUCAAAGUAGUGGAUGAAAUUGUACCAAAUCAAAUAAGCUCAACCAGGCUAAGGGAAUGCAUUGCAAGAAGAUUGUCAGUAAAAUACCUUACUCUGGAUGAAGUGAUCGAUUAUAUCAGAGAGCAUCAACUAUAUUUGAACUCAGACGGAAACUAACAAUUGGACGGGGGGAGUAGGUGGCACAACAAUUAGAAGUUUUGAGGGUGAAUAAAAGAAGGCCAGAAAUUCUGUUGGGGAGCAGGGAGAUGGAAUAAGAUAUAAAGUCACCAACAAGCCCUUGGUUCAUUCAAUGUCAAGGAAAUUGUACCUGUUAAAUUAAAAUCUCAAAUUCAAAAUUUAGGAAUGCAAGAGUUUUUGGUGAUAGAAUUUCUGCUCAAGAGGGUUCUAAGUUCUAAAUUUGCUCGACCCGCAUUAGUUGGAACAGUUGGUUUUUGAAUACAAGAUGUUUUGCUAAAAAAAGGGGAGAAUAACAUAUAAAGUCAUGCACCGUAUCUCUCAUGGCAAUUAAGCUCAAAGGAGAGAUCACUUGAACUACACAAAUGAGUAAUAGUACUAUCUAAUAUCCUAUGAAAUUUGGUAGGAUAUACAUCUUGUCCUAUAAGUCUUAUUCAAGUGUUCAUAUUGCUCCUAAAGAUAUUGGUUUGAUGAUUGUUAUCAUCUUUAAUGUUAAAAAAGAAGUGAUACUCUCUCCUAAACUUAAACGUAGAAAUUAGAUAACUAGUUUAUAAAAAUUAAAAAAAUUAGUUAUUUGUAAAAAUGUGUUAUGGUUUUCUUAAACUACCUUUUUAAUUAUUUGCAUUGGAAACUAAUCGAUGAAAACCCCUUAUUAAUAUAUGUAAUUAAUAUAGAUGGUAUGAGAACAAUUAUAAAUUUAAGGGACAAAGUGAGUUGAAGUUUUUUCUUUAAAAACAAAGCAAAUAUCUUGGUGAGUUCCUUUAUUUAGGGUGGGAAGGAGUAUUAUUUUUCAUCCUUGAGUUUGUUGCAGAAAACGAUGAACCAACAGGUGGUGGAACUUUUAGAAUAUGGAAAAGCUUUAUAUAAAAUUUCUCUUCGUGUGUAGUUGAUGAUGUAUACCUUCACAUUCAUUAUUUGUUCAAUUAUUGUUUUUCACUUAAAUUUUGAUAUGGAAGUUGGGAAAAUUAUGCUUGUAAUUAUUUUAAAAAUAUAAAAUAUAUUUAUGUAAUUAAUUUAAUGGGUUUUUACAUAUAGAGAUUUUUUAUGGUACAUUAAAGAACGUAUAAACAUUGAUUUUUGACAUAUACC